GUUUUUCUACAUUCCUUACUUAUACAUGCACAAUCAAAUAUCAGGUCUGCAACAACUGUUUGCUCAAAAAUAUGGAAAGUGUAAAGAUCGGUGCUGGUUCACGUUGUUACAGUACGAAAGUUUGUAAACACUGCCACAUACUUUGGCAACGUGAUAUAAAUGCUUCAAAGAAUAUGAUGACUAUUGCCACUUCAGUUUGGGCAGGUCAUGGAAGACCCUCACAGUUUACCCCACAGAAUCGCCGUAGCGAAGACGGUGCUGUCGGUUCCUCGAACCAGGCGGCUUAAAGAUACUUACGCGUUUAGUAGAUACAGUUGUUUAACUGCGGGUUUAGACGAAGCUUAAAAAUAACUGGACGAAAUGAACAAAAGUUUGAGACGAUUGAGUUAGAGUUUGAAGAUAGAACUACACU